AUGAAGCGAAGAGGGUGCGCUAUUUAUAGGAAAAGGCAAGCGCUGGGAUCAAGGCUAUUGUUUACUUCACCUGAGACCAAACUCACCUUAAACAUUGGCCAUCAGUACCGAAUGAUUGGUUGCGAUGCUAAAGAGUACAGAGGCGUGGCUGUUCUUCCGCUUAACAAGGAGGGAGAAGGAGAUUUUGUUGUUCUCCUCAACUGCACUAGUGUUUUGAUGGUGUUAAGAAGUAAUGAAAUGAGGUGGAGGCGGUUUCAGACACUCUCAACAGCUACGUGCGAUGAUUUAGUCACUUUUAGAGGCAGAUUUUAUGCACUCUUUGUUAACGGAGACGUUUCCGGUUUCGAUCCUCAUUUCCUGGAACUGACUCCCCUGGUACGUUUAGAGCUUCUCAACUGUGGUUGGUCCACCUCUCUGGUUCCAUCUGGUGAUGAUGAACUUUUCCUGGUUGAGAAAAUCAUCCCUCAUAAUGGCAAUGCAUUAGACUUCGCUAGGUUAACGCUAAGAGUGUGUAGGCUAGAUGUGGAGGCUGGUCAAUGGGUCGUGGUCAAAGAUAUAGGAGACUGUGUGUUUAUUAUUGGAGACUUGGGAACUGUCUCUUGCUCAGCUAAAGAGCUUUCUGAUGGUUGUGGUGUGUGCGUGAACUCAAUUUUGUUUACUUAUGGGCCAGGCAACGUAACAUACUCCUACAAAUAUGAAGACGACCUCAACUGUUGGAGAUAUUCAAGAGAGAAACGUGCGACUAUCCUCAGCAGGUCUCCGGUAGUGGCUCUCCGGGUUGAACGAUCUUCAGCAGAUGCAUAUAGCCACCGUGCAUCGCCACAAGUCGGUAAAAGUGUAUACUUUACAUUAUGA